GUGUUGUCGCUGACAGCUUGCUGGCUGCUCGGGCUAGUUGUCGGAGUGGCGAGGUCUGGGCGAGUUCGGAGACGGAGAUUACGGAAACUGUAGCCUUCCAGCGCCUCACACCGCGGGAAGAAGAAUGGAGAUGAUAGAAGUAGCAGAUCGGCCUAUUAAGGUCACUGAAUGGCAAAAAACGUACACUUACGACUCUGGAAUAAACUCUGGAAUGAACACGUCUGCCCCAUCACUCAACGGGAAGACUUUACUGAUGGAGGAUGAUGGUAUGGGCUACCCUAACCAGUACACGGUGAAAACGACAACGUACACGCAGCAGCAGCAGCAGCAGCAGCAAGUACCAAGCUCCAACAUGGAGACCCAGUUAAACAUGACGCGUGCUCAGCGAGUCCGUGCAGCCAUGUAUCCAGAGACCAUAGAAGAUCAGUCCUACCUGCUAACCACUCAGAUUGAUGGGCAACAAACCAAUGUUCAGAAAUUAGCCGAGCCUUCUCAGAUGCUGAAAUCUGCCAUCGUACACUUGAUAAAUUACCAGGAUGAUGCUGAGUUGGCCACCCGUGCUAUUCCAGAGCUUACCAAGCUUCUCAAUGAUGAAGACCCGGUGGUAGUCAACAAGGCCUCCAUGAUUGUGAACCAACUGUCCAAGAAGGAGGCAUCCCGCCGAGCACUGAUGCAGUCCCCACAGAUCGUAGCAGCUGUAGUACGCACCAUGCAAAACACCAGUGACAUGGAGACAGCCCGUUGCACGACCAGCAUACUUCACAACCUGUCCCACCACCGCGAAGGGCUUCUGUCCAUCUUCAAAUCUGGGGGCAUCCCUGCUUUGGUUCGCAUGCUUAGUUCCCCAGUAGAAUCUGUGCUAUUCUAUGCCAUUACCACCCUACACAACUUGCUCCUGUAUCAGGAAGGAGCAAAGAUGGCCGUACGUCUGGCUGAUGGACUCCAAAAAAUGGUGCCACUUCUCAACAAGAAUAAUCCCAAAUUCCUUGCCAUCACCACAGAUUGUCUUCAGCUGUUGGCCUAUGGCAACCAAGAGAGCAAGCUUAUAAUAUUGGCAAAUGGUGGGCCUCAAGGACUGGUGCAGAUCAUGAGGACCUACAACUAUGAAAAACUUCUUUGGACUACAAGUCGUGUGCUGAAAGUGCUGUCUGUCUGCCACAAUAACAAGCCGGCCAUUGUUGAAGCAGGUGGUAUGCAGGCUCUGGGGAAGCAUCUAUCCAGCCCCAGCCCAAGACUUGUGCAGAACUGCCUCUGGACCUUAAGGAACCUUUCUGAUGUGGCUACUAAACAGGAUGGCCUGGAUAACGUUCUAAAGAUCUUGGUGAACCAGCUCAGCUCAGAUGAUGUAAACGUUCUUACCUGCGCCACGGGCACCCUUUCCAACUUGACUUGCAACAACAGCCGCAACAAGACUCUGGUGACCCAAAACAAUGGUGUAGAGGCCCUGAUCCACACCAUUCUGCGAGCAAGCGACAAGGAUGACAUUGCAGAGCCAGCCGUCUGCGCCCUUCGCCACCUGACAAGCCGCCACCCAGAUGCCGAGGUGGCUCAGAACUCUGUGAGGUUGCACUACGGCAUUCCAGCUAUUGUCAAAUUGCUCAACCAGCCCUACCAGUGGCCACUUGUCAAGGCUACCAUUGGCUUGAUCCGAAACCUUGCUCUAUGCCCUGCCAAUCACGCGCCAUUACAUGAAGCUGGUGUCAUACCACGGCUUGUCCAGCUGCUUGUAAAAGCUCACCAGGAUGCGCAGCGACACGCGGCUUCAGGAACACAACAGCCAUACACGGAUGGUGUGAAGAUGGAGGAGAUAGUGGAGGGAUGCACUGGAGCACUUCACAUCCUUGCAAGAGAACCCAUGAACCGAAUGGACAUAUACAAGCUCAACACCAUUCCUUUGUUUGUGCAGCUCCUGUAUUCACCUGUAGAGAACAUCCAGAGAGUGGCAGCAGGAGUCUUGUGCGAACUUGCUCAGGAGAAAGAAGCUGCAGAUACAAUUGAUGCAGAGGGAGCUUCUGCUCCUCUGAUGGAACUGCUGCAUUGUCAUAAUGAGGGCACAGCCACCUAUGCUGCCGCUGUUCUCUUCCGUAUCUCAGAGGAUAAAAACCCAGAUUAUAGGAAGCGCGUGUCUGUGGAGCUUACGAACGCCAUUUUCCGCCAGGAUCCAGCAGCUUGGGAAGCGGCACAGAGUAUGAUUCCAAUCAAUGAUCCUUACUCAGAUGAAGUGGAGCAUUACCGUACUGCCGGCUAUGGAGAUGAUAUGCAAAUGGAUCCCAUGAUGGGAGAUCUUGACGGAGAUUAUCCUAUGGACGCUUACAGUGAACACGCGGGAAGAAUACACAUACCCUGACAAUGUAAUCUGAUCUUGCACAAGUUCUUUACCACUGAAGAGGAUGAUCCAAGACUGAAGUGCCUACAAUAAACAUGUUUCUGCCCUCGCCUUCCCCCUCCCCACAUUUUAAGAGCUUUUAUUUCAUAGACUUUGCACGAGGUGGGCUUUGUAAAUGCCCCCAGCACAUUGGUUUCUGCUUACAGAACGCUGAUUAUCAAUCUCUGCGUGUGUGGCUUCGAGGUUAAUAAACUGGUUUCUUUACUACUUUAAAUCCUAGAAGUUUGUGUUGGACUAAUGCCUUUUUUUUUUCUAUAGAUUAUAAAUAUAUAUAAAUAUAUUUCAUUUUUUUUUUUUUAAAAAAGAUUUUAAUAUGGCACAAAUCCUCCAAUCUUGUAUUUUUAUUUUUCUUAUGCUGUCACCUUAGAAAUAUUUUAUUUUCUUUUUGGAUUAUGUCUUUACAGUGCUUUUUGUUGCCUUCAUUUGUAUAACUUUUGAGGGGGAAGAACCUAAAUCCAACACCAUGAAACCUCUUUACAGAAUCUUUAUCGUUUGUUCUCUUAGCAGGCUAGUGUGUCCAGAAUACUUUUUCAGUGGUAAUCAUUUUAGACCAUUUUCUGUCUGUAUGUGUAUUGCUAUCUCCUCUCCUUGUGUAUCAGAAUGUCUUUCAGUUGGAUAUCUGGACAGGAAGCAGACAUUGUGUGCAGUUCACGGAGACGGGCCUUUCUUUAUCCCCCCCUGUCCCUAUAAAUGCACAAUGUUUACAAUUGAAACCUCCUGGUAUCCAGGCACCGAUGUUUCUCAAAACCUGGCUCUUCAAUUCACUACUAUUGUAAUUGUGUUUAAUUUUUAAUCUUUUAUAUUUUUUGUUCACCAAAAUCUCAAUACAGUAAAUGUUGAAAUCCUGUCUUUAUAAAUGAGCAAUCUGUAUAGCUGGUUUAAUUUCAACUUCGUCAUUGUGCCCAAAAGGAGAGAAUAUUGCAUGCACACAAAUACAACAGAAAAAAAAAAACCUAUUGAUAUAAAAUGGCUACCACUACGUCAACUUUUCACAUUUUGUACAAGUCCUUUAAAUACAUUCCUCGUUUAACAGUAUUUUAAAAUUGCAAACGUUCUACGGCCUGUUUGAAGGUAUAAAAUGUUUGAUUUUUGCCUUUAGCCAAUUUUUUUUUUUUUUAUUUCAGUUUACGCUAAGUUAUAAUUUUUAAGGUUCAGAAAUAUAACAAGUGACUAAAUGGUAGAAAGAGCAAAACUUUGCUCCAAAUUGACAAACUUUUUGUACCUGAUAUUUUUUGAGCAAAGUGAUGUUGUGCAGGACUAAAACAUUUUUAAAAAUGC